ACGCGACCGCGACCGCGACCGCGAGUGCUCUCCAGUCGUGGCGUCCACUCACUCACUCAGUCUCAGCUCAGCUCGCCACCUUCGCCGCGGAUGCAUAAGAAGCGGCAGCUCUGAGCUCAAGUGUCUCAGCUCAGCUCAGCUCAGUUCAUCUACUCGCUUGAAGCCAUUCGGCGACGCGAUGGUGUUUCGGGCCGUGCUGCUCGGGGCGAUCAGCCUCUUGCUGCUGCUGCUGGCGUGCGCCGGCGCCGAGCCGGCGCCAGGAGGUGGCGGCGAACGGAGGUCGUACAUCGUCCACAUGGACGUGGAGAAGAUGCCGGCGCCGUUCGUGGAGCACGAGGCGUGGUACCUCUCGGUGCUGUCGUCGCUAGCGUCCGCGACGGCGGCGGCGGCCGCGCCGGUGCACCUGUACACGUACACCCACGUCAUGCACGGGUUCAGCGCCGUGCUCACCGCGCGGCAGCUGGAGGAGCUCAGGGCGGUGGAGGGCCACGUGGCCGCGUUCCCGGAGACGUACGGCCGCCUCCACACCACGCGCACGCCGGAGUUCCUCGGGCUGAGCGCCGGCGCCGGCGUCUGGCCGGCGUCCAGGUACGGCGCCGACGUGAUCGUCGGGAUCGUGGACACGGGCGUCUGGCCGGAAAGCGAGAGCUUCAGCGACGCGGGCAUCCCGAAGCCCGUGCCGGCGAGGUGGAAGGGCGCGUGCGAGGCCGGCCAGGCGUUCGCGCCCUCCAUGUGCAACAGGAAGCUCAUCGGGGCGCGCUCCUUCAGCAAGGGCCUCAAGCAGAGCGGCCUCGCCAUCUCGCCCGGCGACUACGACUCGCCGCGGGACUACUACGGCCACGGCUCGCACACGUCGUCCACGGCCGCCGGCGCCGCCGUCGGGGGCGCCAGCUACUUCGGCUACGCCAACGGCACGGCCACCGGCAUCGCCCCGAUUGCCAGGGUCGCCAUGUACAAGGCCGUGUUCGCGGCCGACACGCUGGAGUCCGCGUCCACCGACGUGCUGGCCGCCAUGGACCGCGCCGUCGCCGACGGCGUCGACGUCAUGUCGCUGUCCCUGGGUUUACCGGAGACGUCCUACGACACCAAUGUGAUAGCCAUCGGAGCCUUCGCCGCCGCGCAGAAGGGCGUCUUCGUGACGUGCUCGGCCGGGAACGACGGCUCCGGCGGGUACACCAUCAUGAACGGCGCGCCGUGGAUCACCACCGUCGGCGCUGCGAGCAUCGACCGGGACUUCACCGCCGCCGUCACGCUUGGCAGCGGCGCCACCAUCCACGGCAAGUCGGUGUACCCCCAGAGCACGCCGGUCGUCGGCGGCAGCCUGUAUUACGGCCACGGCAAGAGGAGCAAGCAAAGGUGCGAGAGCCUCAGCCGCAAUGACGUGCGCGGGAAGGUCGUUCUCUGCACUGCCGCCGCCGGCGUGAGCAUCGGGCAGCAGAUGGACGUGGUGCAGAGCAACGGCGGCCGCGGCGCCAUCAUCGCGAGCGACAUGAAGGAGUUCCUCCAGCCGGAGGAUUACUCCAUGCCGGUGGUGCUGGUGACCGUGUCGGACGGCGCGGCCAUCGCCAAGUACGUGGCGGCGGCGUCAGGCAGGAAGGCGCCCAUGGCGAUGCUCCGGUUCGGCGGCACGGCGGUCGGCGUCAAGCCGGCGCCGACCGUGUCCUACUUCUCCGCCCGCGGACCGGGCCAGAUCAGCCCGACGAUCCUGAAGCCGGACGUCGUCGCGCCGGGGGUGGACAUCCUCGCGGCGUGGGUGCCCAACAAGGAGAUCAUGGAGAUCGGCAAGCGGAAGCUCUUCACCAAGUACGCGCUCGUCUCCGGCACGUCCAUGGCGUCGCCGCACGUCGCCGGCGUGGCCGCCCUGCUGCGGUCGGCGCACCCGGACUGGAGCCCGGCGGCGAUCCGGUCGGCGAUGAUGACGACGGCCUACGUGAAGGACAACGCCGGCAACGUCAUCGUCAGCAUGCCCACCGGGUCGCCGGGGACGCCGCUGGACUUCGGGAGCGGCCACGUCAGCCCCAACGACGCCAUGGACCCGGGCCUCGUGUACGACGUGGCGGCUGAUGACUACGUCAGCUUCCUGUGCGGCCUCGGCUACAGCAGCCGUCAGAUCUCGACGGUCGCCGGCCGGCGAAACCCCAGCUGCGCCGGAGCAAACCUCGACCUCAACUACCCGUCCUUCAUGGUCAUCCUCAACAGGACAAACUCGGCCACACGGACGUUCAAGAGGGUGCUGACCAACGUCGCCGCCUCGCCAGCGAAGUACAGCGCGUCGGUGACGGCGCCGGCGGGGAUGAAGGUGACGGUGUCGCCGACGGCGCUGUCCUUCGGCAGCAAAGGCAGCAAGCUGCCGUUCACCGUCACGGUGCAGGUCAGCCAGGUGAAAAGAAGCUCAGAUGACAUUAACUUCAUUGGGAACUAUGGGUUCUUGAGCUGGAAUGAAGUUGGAGGGAAGCAUGUUGUCAGGAGCCCAAUAGUCUCAGCAUUUGCUCAGUGAGGAAGACAUGCGCAUAACAGGAGCGAAAAUAAGAGCAUGACCGUAGAAAAGAUACUAUAUUUAUAGUUAAUCCUGAUCAAGAACAGGGAAAAUAUAGACUGAAGAGGUGGGGUGGGGGGGGGGGGGGGAGCCUCACCAGAUACUAAAUUACUACAGUUGAAAAGUGUUUAUAUCUGAUAAUCAAAUUAUAGAUUCCUCAGUUGUUUUCUUUUCCAGCCAUAUCAGGCUCUGCUGCAAAUGAACUGCAUCCAUAUCUUGGAUUGCUUCAAACGAACACAAAUGAAGAAUGGUCAAAAUUUAAAAGGCACUGCACCACAUCUUUGGAACCUGAUAAUCAGAUGGAUGUUCUGUUCUUCAUCAUCAAGAACACCACGAACAUCAAUUUACUACCCAUAAACUACAAAACCAUACAGUUAAGACGCGGCAAAACAUGUUAAUAAGUUUCAUACAAUGAGUAGGAGCCAGGUACAUCUCCGCCUUCACUUCUAUUAUUUGUACCAAUGGGCAGUGACAGAUUAGAUACAAGAUAAAGCAAAGGCAACUUCCAAGCUCUAAUCAUAUCAUUGUGUUGUGAGAAAAUAGUUCCCCAAAGUUGAGCAAGAAGAAAACCCCGGCAUCUCCACAGUCGACUGAACUGCUAAGUGGGGAUACUAUUGACACUAUCAAUGAUAGUGGAUACCAUUAAACACAAAGGCAUUUGAUGUCCAAAGCAUCCAACACUAUUGUGUCCUUGGCUCCACUGAGACAAUUUGCUACGCAGCACAAAAAAUCUUGAAAACUCAUGGCCAUCUUGCUGGUUGCUGCUACCACAUCACUGCAGAUCUGCAGUCCUUGGACACCAUUCCUACAACUAGUCCAUAAUCCUACUCAUUUGCAACUUCUACCUUUAGGAUCAAAGUCAUUGUCAGCAGAACAAGACCUGCAAAUGAUUAUCCAUAUCACAUCAAAGUCCUUUGCCACCCGCAGUUAGGUACUUCUCCAUGCUGUUGUUGACCAUGUUAGCACGGGA